UUUGUCGUUUAGUUUUUGGCUCUGUGCUCUGAAGCGAUAAUAACUUAAAGCAAAGCAACUGUAAGCAUAAUUUCAAUUGACCCUGUAUGCAAAGAUGGCAUUAACAUCCCUAGUUAUGGUUAGCCAUGCGGUAAGUUUUAGCGCAAUGUUUUGCAAAAUGUAUACAGAUAAAUUAGAAGCUACGGAGCAGGUUUUGCGCUAUUAUUGCGCAAUUGCGCAUUAGAAACCCUGUACUUUUAAAAUUACGCUUACAGUCCCUUUGAUAAUCACAUCAUAAAUAUACAUAACAAUGUGAUGUUUCUCCAGACCCUGCAGAGAAUACUUUCAGAUUCGUCAAAACCCGAGGUUGAUUAUUCUGUAGAGGUUAAACAAGCUGAAUCUCUGAUCUGCGGAAUAAAAAAAGACCAAAAGAUGGACUGGAUAAGUGUCACAAAAUUAUCUCAAAUUGUUGAACACUUAUCACAAAAACAUUCAUCUUUGCUCAAUGUACACAAAGAGGUUGAACUAAACAGCUAUGCAUAUCUUGGUCCUGUUCGCCUCAGUCAUGAAGAGAGAAUGAAAAUGCUAAAAACAGGAGAGAGGUUGGAUAAGAUCUUGCAAUCUAGGAAAUGUUAUAACAUUAAAUUAUUCAACAACUUAAAGGGAAAAAUACUCCGUUGUCGGAGAACAAAGAGAAUUGUUUGGUUUGGUGUCUCUGAGAGUCCUGUGUUCGAUCAUGGGUGGAGUUCUAGUUUGAGCUUAGAAUGCAAUUCAGUUGCUCGGUUUCGGUGUGAUCUGUGUGGAAUUCAUCCUGAGCAGGCUCUGGUCUGGAACUCGGAGCUGGAGCUAGAUUCCUCGCUUCUGUGGAGUCCGAGGUGA